CCAUGUUUCUCUUCCACCCUCCGUCCCUGCAACCUUGAAGGUGCUUCAAGUACAGCCUUCACCCACUUCCUCCACUUCUUCCACCCACUUCCUCCAUCUUCUUAUACCCAAUUCCUCCAUCUUCUUCUACCCACCCUCGCCGGACACCUUGGACGGCGCUCCACUGCGCAAAGUCAGAGUGAACUAAGGUCGCCGGAGAUGCCCGAGUACUCAUCGCUCCCCGGACACCUCCUCGCUGGUCGUUCGUCCUCUUUCCUCGAGUUGAUGGAUUAGAAGACGAGGUAGGUACUCUGUUGAAGCUUCAAUUUGGCUGGUGCUCCAUGAGACCUCCAGAGCACUUCUAGAUCCGAGUUCAAUUCGGCCGGAGAACGGCCUAAACAUUGGUGAAGAAGAGGAGGGUGAAGUGAUGCCGGGUAAUUGCGAGCAGAGGACUAGGGGGAAGAGAACAAGGAAAGAAAGAAAGAAACCCAAAAAUAAAAAGUUGCAGCUGGGCGGGAAGAAGAAGUGAGCGGCAAAGAAAGGAAGGAAAAAGAAAAAGAAAAAGGAAAGAAAAAGAAAAAGAAAUAAAAAAUGCAACAUCAGACGCCACAUAAGCAAUUUAACAGGGAACUUGAAGGGUGCCUGUUAAGAAGAGGAUUUGCCUUUUUUUAGUUCGUGGGUCUAAUUAGUUGUUGUUUUAGUUGAGGGGUUCAAUUGAUUUUUUUGAAGUGGCAGGGGACUUAUUUGAUAGUUUUCUUAACUUUUAAUUAUAUACGAGUGUGUUCUACUCCAUAUUAGACAUUAACUUUGAAUUAGAUGAUAAAUAAUAAAAGUGAAGUUGGAAGCUGGGUCAAGAACGCUUAUGGAUGUUUAUAGACACAAUAUGCCUGGAAUAAUAGCGUGGAAUAUUUGGAAAAUUUAUUCUCAGACCACUUGGGGAGAUUUGAUAAAUAUUCCAUCAGCUAACUUGGUGAUUAACAAAAUUAAGUUUUAUGCCCAAGAAUGGUAUUGUUCCAAAUUAGGGAGUUUGAAAUUCAAGGAGAAGCCCCAUCCUACUCUUCUCGAAGAAGGUUUUAUCCCCAAAACUGCAAAAUCUUUUAAACCUAGGAUUACAACAGUCAAAUGGAAGGUACCUGAACAGAAAUAUAAGUUGAAUGUUGAUGCCUCUUUUGGUUCGAAUCAGGUAGCGGGAGGAGCUCUUCUACGUUCGGACCGAGGGGAACUGUUGAGGGCACUGCACUUUCCUAUUUCGGCUAGGUCAGCUCUUGAAGCUGAACCGAUAGCUAUCAUAGCAGCGGUUUCUUGGAUGAUGGAGCAGGGUUUCCGAGAAAUGGAAGUUGAAUCAGACUCUAAAGGGGCAAUUGAAGCGAUUAAGGCUUCCAACAGGUCGAAGGGUAGAAUUUUCGCUUGCCUGGAUUCGGAUGACUGG